UAGACUUCCACUCCCAGAUGUAUAGCAAGGAAUUCAUCCUGGUUGCAGGCAUUGCUUGAGUUUGGGUACGUGGACACGCCAACGUGCCCAAAUAUAUUGGAGGGAUCGUCGUCCUAAUGGGUAUUUCGUAGGGCCGCAAGUGCCAGCGGGCGGCGAAGGACGAACAGCUAACCAAAACUUCUAUCAUCUGUCCUCUACUCUUGGAAAGAUGGGUCCGCCUUCAGUGCAACCAUGUCAUGCACUGCCCCUAGGUGUGUGUGCAUCCCGCGCAGCGUGCUCCCGUCCCGAGGGCGGAGAGCUCCCACAGGUCAGGAUCGGUUCGACCUUGAGUGUUGCCUCACUUUACCCUAGAAGGAGCAGCCACUCGACGCUGACCUGCACCGCCAAACCGAUGGCUCUGUCGGGCAGCUAUCCAAAGAAUCUAGGCACCAUGGCCAUGAUAAGAGAAUGGGUUGGGCGCGGCGUUUUCAUAAUAUGCAUCGUGCUUGUCGGUCUACUAUCAGAGACACUGGGCUCCAGGCAGCUGCGAUGUAAAAAUACUUCAGCUAAGAGAGGGUCUGAGCGGCAGGUGGUUUCCAGGAGAAUGGUUCAAGACGAUGGUGUGCUGGCUGGCCUCCAAGCGCUCAUGGUGGCCAUUCGUUCAGAAUUGAGAUCAGGUCACAAUCAACGUUGCCCGCACGUAUCAGCCUAUCUUCAAGGAGAACAUUCGGUCACUCAACCAGGAAUUUAAAAAAAGUAAGGCUGAACCACCCCCUAAUGCAAGA